AUGGCUUCUUACAAGAUGUUGCCACUCCUGGCGGCUUCGACUGUACUGGCUGUCAACUAUCCCACGAUCCCCUCAGACCGGACGACUCCAGUCCAACAACGACUCGCCAUCAACGCUCCGAAUGCGAUGUCAAUCGGCUGGAACACUUACGAAAAGCUCAACGGAAGUUACUGCGUCCAGUAUGGAACUUCCAGCACAAGUCUCACUUCACAAGCCUGCUCGGACAGCUCGACAACCUAUGCAACAUCUCGUACAUACGGCAACGAAGUGACAAUGACCGGACUUCAGCCGGCCACGACAUACUACUACAAGAUCCCGUCCACCAACUCAAGUGUGGAGCACUUCCUCAGUCCUCGUACUGCUGGUGACAAAACAGCCUUCAACAUGGAUGUUGUGAUCGAUCUAGGCAUCUAUGGAGCUGACGGUUACACUACUACGAAGAGAGACACGAUCCCGCAAAUUCAGCCCGAGCUCAACCAUACCACGAUUGGAGCACUUGCCAGGACUGUCGAUGACUACGAGUUUGUGAUACAUCCAGGCGACUUUGCGUACGCAGACGAUUGGUACGAGAAGCCACAUAACCUUCUCGACGGCAAAGAUGCAUAUCAAGCCAUUCUCGAAGGCUUCUACGACCAACUCGCCCCGAUUGCUGCCCGAAAGGGGUACAUGGCGUCUCCUGGAAACCACGAGGCUGAUUGCCAGGAGAUCCCGUACACAAGUGGACUGUGCCCCGAGGGACAGAAGAAUUUCACCGAUUUUAUGAUGCGAUUUGGUAGGACCAUGCCCACGGCCUUUGCUUCCUCAUCUUCCAACACCACCGCGCAAUCGAGCGCGACGAAAGCACAGCAGCUUGCACUCCCGCCUUUCUGGUACAGCUUCGAAUACGGUCAGGCCCAUAUUGUCAUGUUCGACACCGAGACAGACUUUCCGGAUGCACCAGAUGGGCCAGGGGGCAGCGCACACUUGAACGGCGGCCCCUUCGGCAAGCCAAACCAGCAAAUCGACUUCCUCAACGCGGACCUAGCAAGUGUUGACCGCAGCGUCACACCAUGGCUUAUUGGUGCUGGUCACAGGCCAUGGUACAGCACUGGAGGUGGCGGUUGCGAUCCUUGCCAGACAGCCUUCGAGUCCAUCUUUUACAAAUACGGCGUCGACCUUGCAAUCUUCGGCCAUGUGCACAACUCGCAGCGCUUCUUGCCCAUCUACAACGGCACGGCUGACCCCGCGGGCAUGCAAGACCCCAAGGCGCCGAUGUACAUUGUUGCAGGCGGUACUGGAAACAUCGAGGGCUUGUCAGCGGUCGGCGACAACGCGACAGCGAAUGCUUUUGCCUAUGCGGAUGAUUUCAGCUAUGCCACAGUCAAGUUCAUCGAUGCAAAUCACCUGGGGGUUGACUUCAUGCAGUCGAGCACCGGAAACGUAUUGGACAGCAGCGUGCUUUUCAAGUCGCACAACACUUCCUUCGUGGUGCAGACAUCAUGA